CUGGAGAGGGUUGCAUUGCAUGAAGAUCCGAUGAAAGAUAGCAGGCUAUUGCAAUAAGAGGGCAAGAGAGAGGGGUGGGGGCAGAAUGACGCUGAUUCGGGGCUAUUGAUCUCUCCCUCCCCUCUAUAUGGGGUCAGUAGUUUGAUCAGAGCGCGCGCAGGAUCACUCAGAAGAGCCACACACGCGCUUUUGUAAAAUGAAGCGGUGCGUAUAGAGCUAUCCAACAGGACACUCAUCACCAAUCCGAUCCCGUCUGUCUCUAACCUGAUGACGGGAAAUAAUAAGAUUAUCCAGCAGGCCAGGAGAGCGACACGUUACAUCUCGGGAGAAAAGUAACUGGUGUGGACUGACACAUGAUGGUGCGCUCGAGAUCAACGGAUCUGAUCAUGAAUCCGUUCAGAAUCUCCGCGCUGAUGAUGUUCCUCUUCGCAUCUGUUCAUAUCUCGUGCCCAUCGCAGUUCCCCAGUCCGCUCAUGAUAAAAGAAUGGGUAGAUCAGCUGCAGCAGGAGCUGGUUUCUCUAGCAGACACAGCCAGCGCUGGGAAUAAUCUAAGACAGGUCUUUAUGGAUAAUCAGAAUUAUUUUACUGUGAAAACAAAUAAUGCGGCACAGCUUGUGGAAACAGCGGCACGGAAUAUAGAACAUUUUUUGAAGAAGCGAGCCGCAGCUCUAGAGACUUUGGCAACCGCAGCAGAGAAUUUCCAAAUGGAGCAUCAAUGGAAAGAUGAAUUUGAAGAGGACGAUAUAGUUUACUAUAAUGCCAAGGAUAAUCUUGAAGCCAAUGAAACAGAAGGAAGGAAAAACCGGAUCAGACCUGAAUUUAAAGAAGACCCAUCAUUCAAAAACCGCCUCACCUCCUACAACCAUACAGCUGUGCAUAUCCCCACGGACAUAUAUGACGGCUCUACCAUUGUAUUAAAUGAGCUGAACUGGACUGAAGCAUUGGAGGAUGUCUUUAAGAAAAACCGAGAAGAGGAUCCAACGCUACUAUGGCAAGUGUUCGGCAGCGCUACUGGAUUAGCUCGCUAUUACCCAGCUUCCCCUUGGAUGGAUGCCAGGAAAACACCCAGCAAAAUCGACCUGUAUGAUGUGCGCCGGCGACCUUGGUAUGUUCAAGGUGCCGCUUCGCCCAAGGACAUGCUGAUUCUUGUUGAUGCGAGUGGAAGUGUGUCUGGGCUGACCCUUAAAUUGAUCCGAACCUCUGUCAGUGAAAUGCUGGAGACACUUUCUGAUGAUGAUUAUGUCAAUGUUGUCCAUUUUAACACAAAAGUGAAUAACACAGCGUGUUUCGACCACCUGGUUCAAGCUAACGUUCGCAAUAAGAAGAUCUUAAAAGAUGCAGUGCAGAACAUCUCAGCCAAGGGCAUCACCAACUAUACCAAAGGCUUCGAAUUUGCCUUCGAUCAGCUGUCAAAUCCAAACAUCACCAGAGCAAACUGCAACAAGAUCAUAAUGUUGUUUACUGAUGGAGGCGAGGAGAGGGCAGAGGAGAUCUUUAGCAGAUACAACAUUGACAGAAAGGUACGUGUGUUCACAUUCUCUGUGGGUCAACACAACUAUGACACUGGGCCAAUAAAGUGGAUGGCCUGCGCUAAUAAGGGAUAUUUCUACGAAAUCCCAUCCAUUGGAGCCAUUCGCAUAAACACACAGGAGUAUCUAGAUGUUUUGGGCAGGCCGAUGGUCCUUGCAGAUGCCAAACAGGUGCAGUGGACCAACGUGUACCUGGAUGCUCUGGAGUUGGGUCUAGUCAUCACUGGCACGCUACCUGUGUUCAACAAGACCAAAUCCAGGGAGGGCGGAUCUCGAAGCCAGCAUCAGAACCAGUUGAUUUUAGGAGUGAUGGGGGUGGAUGUGUCUCUCGAUGAUAUCAAAAGACUGACGCCCCGCUUUACAAUUGGUCCUAAUGGAUAUUAUUUCGCAGUUGAUCCUAAUGGUUACGUGCUGCUCCAUCCAAACCUGCAACCAAAGAACAGGAUUCAGAGCCGUCGUCACAGGCUAAGUAAAAAGCUUGCUCUUACGUUCCCUGAGGAGCCUGUUACACUGGAUUUUCUGGAUGCAGAGCAGGAAAAUGAUAUUAAAGUCCAGAUCCGGACUCUGAUGAUUGAUAGAGACCCUGGGGAGAAAACGAUAGAAACGCUUGUUAAAUCUCAAGAUGAGAGAUACAUUGAUCGAGGAAUCAGGAUGUACAACUGGGCACCGGUUAACGGGACAGACUACAGCCUGGCCUUGGUUUUGCCUGAAUACAGUCUGCAUUACAUCGAGGCAAACCUGGGGGACACUAUAAAUCAAGCCAUGUGGAACAAGGCCUUUGAAACCAUGCAGCAGGAGACAUUUGAGGAAUAUGGGUACACCUUUAUUGCACCCAGAGAAUACUGCAAGGACCUCAAAGUCUCAUCCAACAACACCCAAUUUCUGGUGGACUUCAAUGAGUACAUUGACAGGAAAACUCCAAAUGGUCCUCUGUGUAAUCUCACUCUUGUAAACCGGUUGCUGCUGGAUGCCGGUCUCACGGCAGACCUCGUCAAAGUCUGGAAGGAACAGAAUGUAGAUGGAGUUUUGGCCAGGUUUGUGGCUACAGAUGGAGGCAUUACACGUGUGUAUCCUAAAAGUGCUGGGGAAGAAUGGGGUGAAAACUCUGAGACCUAUGACUCAAGUUUUUACAAAAGGAGUUUGGACAAUGACAUAUACAUCUUCACCGCCCCAUACGUCAACAAGAGCAGAGAGUCUGGUUAUGAGUCCGGUAUCCUUGUCAGUAAAGCAGUGGACUUGGACAUUAAUGGAGCAAAACUCAAACCUGCUGUGGUGGGAGUCAAACUCAACGUAUCGGCCUGGAUGAACAGCUUCAUAAACGCUACCACCAAGAAAAAUUGCAAGGAUGAGAUCUGCGGGUGCCUCAGAAAUGAUAAGCAAGUGGACUGCGUGAUUCUGGAUGAUGGCGGCUUUCUGCUCAUGUCCAAUCAAGAUGAAUAUAUCACACAGAUAGGUCAGUUCUUUGGUGAAGUGGACCCUGUUCUGAUGAUCACUCUGGUCAACACCUCACUGUUCUCCUUUAAUAAAACCUACGACUACCAAUCCGUCUGCGACCCGGAGAAAGAAACUAAAGCUGCUGCCGGACCCCGCUCUAUAUACGUGCCAACAAUCGCAGAUAUGCUGACUGUAGGCUGGUGGGCCUCCACUGCGGUCUGGUCAGUUCUGCAGCAGCUACUUCUCAGUCUGACCCUCCCAAAUGUAGUGGGAACAGCUUACUCGGAGGAUGACCUCUCGGAUGCAUUCUCCAAAGAGAGCUGUAUCACCGAACAGACGCAGUAUUUCUUUGAGAAUGAGAACAAAUCUUUCUCUGGAGCUAUGGACUGUGGAAACUGCUCCAGAAUGUACCGGGCGGAGAAGCUCCCAAACACGAAUUUGGUAUUUUUGAUCUCUGACGCAAAGAGUUCCUGCCUCUCCUGCGAUCCCAAACCGCUGAGACAAGCCGAACAGCCCUCUACUGGUCCUGAUCCAUGUGUGCUGGCCCAGAACCCUCGGUACAGGAAAGGACCGGACGUCUGCUUUGACAACAACGCAGAUGAGGAUGCGACUGACUGUGGUGGUGGCUGCAGUUUGAGUCCGUCUCUCUGGCCGAUGUUGGGUCUUCAGCUCCUUCUACUCUGGCUGCUUACUGGAACCAGAACCUAUUUGUCCUGACCAGAGCAAAUCUCCAGACUAGAAACAACAACUACUGACUGAACUGAACAACAUAACCACACUUCGACUAUAUGACCUAAGAUUGUUUGUUAGUCAACCCAAAACAAUACAACUAAUGCAGUUACAAACUCUACUGUAAAAUUGACACGACUCAUCAACUCACUGCCAAAUACUGCCCUCUCAGACCAACCUGAAACAGCAACACAGCCAGACACGAGAGACGUAUAUACUGUACACUUAUUUUAUUUUUUACUUUGGAACACAACCACA